AUGGCCCCUUCCGGCACUGUGGAAUCGCGUGCUUGUUUUAACACUUUCACCUUUUCGGUUUCCAGUGAUGUACAGAAUUUGUUCCAUCGCGUUCAGCAGCUGGAGGAUGUCCUGUCCCGAAUUGAUUCCACGCCAGAUUCGGCGUGUCGAGAUGUGUCUAAUCCCGAGAAGUCGACGCCACCGGGUCUUCCUACCAUGACAAGCGGCAGAGAGCGAAAUACCGUUACUGCGAGCUCACUUUGCUCUACUAACUUGACACAAAGACCCGCUAACUCCUGUGGCUACCUCUCCAAGGAUUGUAAAGCGAAGGAUCACAGGUCCGCCACUCAGUGGGGACCUAACUGGUACUUCAAUGGAAUAUCUAUGUCCUCUGAAGCAGGCCGCCGAUGGGUCUCUACAAGAACCGGCCAGGCGGUCACAUGGGCCGAUUUCAGUAUUCCCAUCAUAGAAUCUUCCCCGCCUUCGGCCCUUCAGCCACCUUUCUCACCAGAGCUAUGCGAAUUGCCGGACAGGGACGUUACACGAGAAAUUAUAAGCGCGUUCUUCAGAUCCGGAUUCAUACUCCGCUUCCCUGUACUGGACGACAUUUUGUUUGAAACGACGAUGGAGACCGCCUACGGACCUGCAAAUGGGCCUCUGUCCUCGCCUAUACAAGUCUCAGCCAGGGCAUGUGUCUUGAGCGCUCUAUCCAUUGCGUCUCGCGUAAAUCCGUCGAGGCAAAUCUCCCGCUCCAUGGAUGUGGACUUGUAUGCAGCCAAGGCACAUUAUCUUUUAUUGCACAUAGUUGAAGAUACUAGCUUGUCGACUCUCCAGACAGCACUAGUGUUGCAAAUACAGCAUGCAUUUCAUGCCGACUGGCAAGGCGCUACCUUCUUUCAAUCGAUUGCGUGUCGCAUAGUCUGCGCUCUAAGAGGACACCUCUACCACUUAUCAGAUCCCGUUGGCCUUCAAAGUUCCCGCUUAGAACGCGAAAAUUACCACACUCGAAUGCUGUUCUGGCUAUGCUACAUGCUCGACAAAGAUAUCUCAAUUCGCACUGGCAGUCCUCCUCUUCUCACCGAUGUCUAUUGUGAACUCGACCUGCCUGAUAACUAUUUUGACCAUUAUACCUAUUUACCGGAUCUGGAUACAUCCAUUGCAGGUGACGACGAAACCCACAAAUAUCUCACCCCCCAUCUUCCUGGAGACCCUCGCCUUAGCCAUCUGAAGGAGAAAGUCUGUCGACAGCUCUUGUCUGCCCGGGCCUCGAAGAAUAAUGAUAACCAACUCCUUCUGAAUAUCCGGCAACUGGAUGACGAGAUAGAACACUGGCGGCUAUCCAUCCCCUUCAAUUUUCGCCCUGCACUUUCUGUCUCGAAAAUUACUUCACCAAACGCAUCCGACGAAGGAAUGCCGUAUAUAAUCCAUCAAAUGUCUCUGCAAUUGGACUAUCUUUACUUGAUAACCGUCAUUCAUACGACAGUGAGGAAAUGCACCAUUGAGGCCAGUGACGAGAUUCCGGAUCUGCAUAGUGUGGUUCAUUCGAGCUUCGACCUGUCUUUGAUGGCUAGUCGCUCAACGCUAUGGUGCCUAAGAAUUCUUGUCAGCACAGUGGGGGAAGACGCGUUUCGGUUCGUAACAUUGUAUUCGUCUACAGCCGCCCUGUCACUCUUCCUCAAUAUAGUUAUUCAUCCCCUCGACUCACAAUCGCGGCUUGAUUUGGAGCUUCUUAUAUCGGCCGUCAACAUGAUACGAAAUAUACCUGUGCGAGCUUUGACGCAGGGCGAGAUCACUCGUGUCCAAGAAACUGGCAGCUUCGUAAUGAGGUUAGUGUGGCUUGGAACAUGUGCAGUGACGAAGGCGGAAAAAGAGGAAUGUGACCUUAGCUAG